AUGAGUACUGAUCAUAAUGCAGUAGAGCAAGGGAGCAUCAACGGUGAUGGGUAUAUUAACAGCGAGAAGCCAAGUGGUAAUCCAGUGUUGAAGUUAUUUGGUUUUCCAGUGACGGCCUGUGAGGAUGCACGGGUGACAGCCCAACACGGCGGAGACACCAUUAGGAGGUUCGAGUGCCAGUACUGCCACCGUGAAUUUGCCAAUUCUCAAGCGUUGGGCGGCCAUCAAAACGCUCACAGGAGAGAACGGCGGCCAAGAAAGGGUCAUUACUUCUAUAGCAAGCAUCGGACGGCCUGUAUUGCAACUCGAUCAGGACCGUUCGAUUAUUCGAGUUAUGGGUUGGCUGGUUUACCAUGUCAAACUCCGGCUACGUCGAACAAUGUAAAUGGAGGAGAUGUAGUUGACCUCCGGUUGAGCUUAGCACCAUCCAGCACAUCUUCGCCGUCAACCUAAUUAUAAAUAUGUGUUGUGA